CCACCAUGCCACAUGCAGAAAGCAGCAUUAACUCGGAUUAUGGACACCGUGUGUCUGCUCAGGAUGAAUCUGCUCCUCUUCUGGGAAAUAGGGAACAGAGGAGGACAUCCCAAGGCACAUCUUUCGGGUUUUCCGUGUUCAAUUUAAUGAAUGCGAUCAUGGGAAGUGGUAUCCUCGGCUUAUCAUACGCCAUGGCCAACACCGGAAUCAUUGGGUUUAGUGUCCUGCUGUCAAUAGUGGCCAUUCUGGCUGCUUACUCCAUUCACCUCUUGCUUCGUUUAUGCAUCCAGACCGCCGUCACAUCAUACGAGGACCUCGGUUUAUUUGCGUUUGGUUCGGUUGGAAAGAUCCUUGUGGCAAGCACAAUCCUCAUUCAGAACAUUGGAGCAAUGUCAUCCUACCUCUUCAUUAUCAAGUCUGAGUUACCAGCCACUGUAUCCGGGUUCUUGUCUGGAGACCAUAGUGGGGCCUGGUACCUCGAUGGCCGAUUACUAUUAAUAAUGACUUCAGUGUGCAUUGUACUCCCACUGGCGAUGCUUUCCAAAAUAGGCUUUCUUGGCUACACAAGUAGUUUGUCAUUUUUCUUUAUGGUCUACUUUGCUAUUGUGGUUGUGAUUAAAAAGUGGUACAUUCCCUGCCCACUCCCCCUGAAUCACACUCUGACAUACUUGGAGAUUUCCAAUAGUUCUGAAUGUAAAGCAAAACUUUUUGAAUUCUCAAAAGAGAGUGCAUUUGCAUUGCCCACUAUGGCCUUCUCGUUUCUCUGCCACACAUCUGUUUUACCCAUUUACUGUGAGCUUAAAAGCCCAACAAAGAGCCGCAUGCAGAAUGUCGCAAACUUUGGCAUUUCCCUGAGUUUCCUCAUCUAUUUCAUUUCUGCAUUGUUUGGAUAUCUCACUUUUUAUGAUAAAGUGGCGUCUGAACUGCUACAGGGUUACAGCAGAUUCCUGCCUAAUGAUAAUCUGAUCAUGACGGUCAGGCUCGCCAUUUUACUAGCUGUUCUUCUGACUGUUCCGCUUAUCCAUUUUCCUGCACGAAAGGCUUUCAUGAUGUUGUUCUUCUCCAGCUAUCCUUUCUCGUACCUCCUUCAUAUAUUGGUGACACUGACCCUCAAUGUAAUCAUCGUAGUCCUCGCCAUAUACGUGCCAGAUAUAAGAAAUGUGUUUGGUGUGGUUGGAGCCACCACCUCCACGUGUCUGCUGUUUGUAUUUCCUGGGCUGUUUUACCUGAAGGUUAGCUAUGAAGACUUGGUAUCCCGCCAGAAACUCGGGGCCUGUGGGCUGCUUGUUCUCGGUAUUUGUAUUGGUGCCUGCAGUUUAACACUAAUUACCGUGAACUGGGCUUACAAUGAAUGAGAGAAACACACUGGAGUUUACAUUUGAACAGAAUGUGCAACGAUUUACAGCCAAGGAUAUCCAGUUUCAGGGGAAAUUGGUUGAGAAAUAGUUUGUGUUAAGAGCACACUACUCUUUCGCCCUUUGGAUCCUCUGGAAAAAUAAAACUGGUCACUGGUUAAAAUGGGGGGGAGACGGGUAACAGGUUUUUUUUGUAAAGGGAAAAAAGUCAAGUGCAAUAUACUUUUACAUGACUGAAAUUUACAAUACUCACACAGGCUGGCUGCUUGGCCCUUUUGAUUAUAAACUCAUGGAAGAUGUACAGGUCUGUGAGGUAAAAAGCAGUCAUUUGUGCCAGUAAGAAAAUGACUGUAAUUGUUAAUGUUUGUUCUUUUCUCUCCGUAUAGGGUAAUAACUGCAAAACUGCCUUUUUCACUUACUAAAUCACAGUGAUGUUCUUGUAUUUAUUUUAAUAUUUGUUUUUAUGUCUUAAUUUAAAUAGAAAAAUGAAUUCAAAUAAAAGGGAAGCGGGAGAGGUAGAGUCAAUCAGCUCUUCACAGGAAGGUUUUGGUAAUGGUCAGACUCUGCUGCUCCCUAAGCCAGUCUUAUCUGCUUUAUUACAGAUACCAUUGGUUGCUUUGAAGCAGGCUCGGUUACUUGUCUAGAAAUGCAUUCUGGGAUUUGUAGUAGCACAAAAAAUUGCCUACCUCCGUUUUAAAAAGACAAACCUAAAGUGAGAGCAAACCUAAAACAAUCCGGGGGAAUUAUAUGAUCUUCUAUUUUGUAAUUGUCAGAACGGCUUUGUUUACAUAUAGAAUUAUGCGCUUGAUCACAUUAUUGCGGAAUGCUUACAGGUUCUUUAAUAGCCUUCUACUUUUGUUUAGCUCUGCUUUAUAAUCGAUAACAUAUAUUGAAUCCCACGAAGAUUAUUCUGUGGAUGUAAAUUCACCCUCUUUUAUUAUCAGUGUAGUCAAGUUAAAAUGCGUUUGAUGUAACAUUUUACCCGGAUGCACUUACGGAACAUACCUGCCUAUAGCAAAUCUGUAACGUGCGAAGAGGGAUUAUUUUUAGACCAGUUCUGUGUAUAGUCGAUGAACUUAAGGAAUGGGCCAAAGUUUUGGCCAGGUCCUUUAUACCCUUUUCUCAGUCCUGGUGUGUGGUCAAACAAAAUGUGUAUUUGUUUUUCCUGCCUGCAAAGACAGCACUACGGUUUGGCUAGCAUAAUCAUUUGUUCUUUUUCAGGGGGUUCCCAAAUAUGGUCCUCAAGGUGCCCCCAAUGGUCCAGGUUUUAAGUAUAUCCAUGGCUCAGCGCAGAUGGUUAAAUCAAAUUGACUGAAAUACUAAUUAAGUUACCUGUAGCCAAGCAUAGUUAUACUUAUAACCUGGACCGUUGGGGUGCCUUGAAGACUGAGUUUGGGAACCUCUGUUCUAUGUUAAAGGCUAGAGAAACAACGGACAGUGCUACAUUCAAACUGACAUGGUGAGAGCAAUAGUUAUCUGAAAUAUUCUAAAUUAACCCUGAGAUGUCUGAAUUUACAGCCUAAUUCAGUAAGGAUUGCAAAUUCUGCUAAUUAGCAGAAUUUGCGAUCCUUUUCCUAGCAUGCUGGGGGCGCUCAUCGCAGGGCUAGGCCGACCAGCAUGCUGACCGCCGCCUCCCCCCUUGAUGAAGCAGAAAUUAUGAUUGCCUUGCAAUUUUUGCGUCAUCAUCGAAAUUAGUGAAGCCUUCUGCUGUCGCAGUUUAGCUGCGCUCGUAGGAGGCCCGCCGCCAUCUUCUUGAUUGCAGGGGCUGCAAGUGACAUCACGCAGCCGCCGUGACCACGCCCCGACACUCCGCCGUUUGUCCGCCUCUGCCCUCCGUUUGCGCCACACCGCCCCCGCAACGCUCCGUCUCCACCUUGGAAACGGAGCGUUACCCCCCCCCCCCCCCCGCGCGUGCGCGACUGCAUCUGCCUGAUUAACAAGCAGAAGCGGUCACAUUUGUCCCCGCGCAGAAAGUGCGGGCGCAGGAUAAUAAUUAUUACGAUCGCGGGGCGAUCGUAAUAAUUCUGGUUGGAUCGCGAUUUACGAUCCAACCUGAAUUAGCCCCUUAGUUUACACUUACAACUGGAUGGUUCUAGGAAUAACUACCCUCCAUAGUCUGAUAAAUUCAAACUAACUUUUUUUUUCAAUGCUAAUUCCAUUUUGGGCUAAUUUGAUUCUGUAUUUAAGUUACAACAAACAGUUAGCCGAUGUGAUGGUAAUACUCCUGUUUACAACCCAUCUACAAAUCAGAAACUUUGUAUGCAAAAUGUUAUUGUCUGUGAUACUAAUUAUGUCAUGCAAAAAUAUCUGGUAUGUACCGUAACUUAUAGCAACCAAUCACAUAUCCGUUUUGGUUAUCUUGCAUUACAGUACUUUGUAGUUCUAAUACCUACAUACCAAGACCAGCUGAGAACUGUCUGACCUUGAGACAGAGAAUUCUUCCUGGUGCUAUGUGCGCGUCACAUUUUGUGGAAUUACUGUGUAGGUCACAGUAAGCUGCGUAUGUAUUUCUGCUUCUCGAGUUUGUCUCCAGUCCUUGCACAAAGCACUAAUCAUUUUCAAAUCUGUCCACCCAUUUGUAAAGCUCCUGAAAUUCAGUAAGGUAGUCUGACAUCUUUUCUAUUCAGUUUCCCACUAGGUGACUUAAUAUUUAAGUGAUAUGUUGAUUUUGCCAUUUUCAUUUUUAAGCCUAAUUUUAAACGCUUGGUUGGUCUUAUGUUGAAAAUAUAACUACGCCACUAACAAACAUUUCGGUGUUUUAAUGUAUAGCUAAUACCGCGUGGAAAUUCUCUGCAAUGAGGAAGUGUUUAUAAUUACUUUUUAUAUUGGUCUGUUGACAUACCGGUUGGAAGAUUUGCAGCACUGUUUGUACUGAACACCAUUGAAAUGGACAAAAGGACAGUAAUACAAAAUAAAGGGAUUAGACUUUCUAUAAACUUUACCAACUGCUAAGAUAAAAUGCAAUGAUAUGAACGGGCUUAUCAGUGGUGUACUUAAGCGGAUUACUUAUAUACAGCUUUAUUCUGAAAAUUGUGUUCCUUAUUUUAUCCAUAACUACUUUAAUAAUACAUCUGAAAAUGUAUAUAUACAUAAAUGUGUAUUUGCUGACUAGGACUGGCUUAACACCACAAGCACAAACUUUUAUGUUUUAAAGGAGGGUGGGGCAGAUUCUAGGAGCCGGGCAGUCAGUGCACCUACAAAAUUACUGCUAACUUCAGUAGUCCUUUCUGUUGGUGUCAGCAGAGGUACAUUCUCCCUGGCUGCCUAUAUAAUCCUGCUGACUCCAAGAUUAGACUCCGUGGAUCCUCUAUGUCUGUUGUUCGUCCUCCAUUUUAAGGCCAACGCAGUCAAAACCAGGAACCUCAUCUUAAAAUGAGGUCAUCUGGCUUACAGCGACCGUUUUAAAAGAAGUUUGUGAAAUUAAAGCUAUAGGGGUAUAUGCAAUUCACGGCGAAUCGCGGCAAAUUAUCGCCGUUUUUUAAUUCGACACAAUUCGACAGGUGAAUUCCGGCAGGUGGCUGCCGGAAUUCACCAUAUUCAAUGAAAAACGGAUUCGACAUUCCCGCGGGCGAAAAACGGCCGAUUUGCCGGAUUUUGCCGCAAAUUAAAAAAACGGGAAAAACCCGGAAAAAAAUGGCGUGGGGUCCC